AUGGCGGUUGGUUUGUUCUCCACCAUUCUGCCUCACAGCAUUUCUGGCGUCCUGCUUCUCGCAGUGAGCAUAGCAGUCCUCUACCAAUCGUCAAUAUACGCCUACAACUACUUCUUCCAUCCGUUACGCCACUUCCCAGGACCAAAGCUCGCUGCCAUCAGCUGUCUGCCACGCAUCUCCAAAGCUCUUCCUGGCCGAGUGUACUACUGGAUCACAGACCUGCAUCUGAAAUAUGGCGAUGUAGUACGUGUCUCUCCAAAUGAGCUCUCGUUCGCCAGUGCGGAUGCAUGGAAGGACGUCUAUGGCCACAAACGAUCCGGUCAGCAGUACUUCGUGAAAGAUCCGGCUUUCUAUAAGUUCGGCGACGCUGUUGGCGACAUCAUUAAUGCAGAUGACGAUUCGCAUGCUCGACAGCGCCGUAUCUUCGCUAAUGCCUUCUCCGAUCGGGCCUUGAAGAUGCAGGAGCCGUUGUUUUUGACAUAUGUAAACCAGCUAGUGGCGAAAUUACACGAGAAGUUCUCUCAGCAUCCAAAGGAGAAGAUCAACAUGGUCAAUAUGUACAACUUCACUACCUUCGAUGUGAUGGGCGACUUGACCUUCGGCGAACCUCUUGGACUUCUGCAGGACAGCUCGUACCAUCCAUGGGUGUCCGCGAUGUUCGCCGGAGUACGCUUUGGCACAUAUCUUCAUGCUAUAUGCUGCUAUCCUGCGCUGGAAACACUGCUUCUCAAACUCGUCCCCCAGAGCCUGCGAGACAAGCAGAAAUUGCACUCCGAGUUCUCCCAUGCCCGUGUCGACCGACGGCUAGAGAAGCAAGAUGCACGACCAGAUAUCUGGGGCCUGGUACUCGAGAAGCAGGGCGAGCAUGGUGGUAUGAGCCGCAAGGAGAUGUAUGCUAACUCCAACAUCUUCAUGAUCGCCGGAACAGAAACGACAGCAACGCUAGUUAGUGGUUUGACCUAUUACCUCCUCACAAACCCCGACAAGAUGGUCAAGCUGACUCACGAAAUCCGCUCGACCUUUGCAAGCGAAGAUGAGAUCACGAUCGAGAAAUUGCAGAGCCUGAAGUACUUAUCCGCCUGCCUCGAAGAAGGCUUGCGAAUGUUUCCACCUGUACCGAAUGGCUUACCAAGGGUAGUUCCGCCUGGUGGCGCUACUGUGGACGGCCAUGAGGUUCCAGAAGGUAUUACAUGUUACGUGACCAAUCUUGCAACGUAUCGCAAUCCAAAUAACUUCCGCGAUGCAUUCUCGUUCAUCCCAGAACGAUGGCUACCCGAAUAUAAAGAGUUUGCAAGUGAUAAGAAGCAUGCUCUGCAACCAUUCUCGAUUGGGCCGAGAGUGUGCUUAGGCAGGAACUUGGCAUACCAUGAGAUGCGGAUCAUCCUCACCAAGGUCUUCUGGAAUUUCGACCUGCACCUGUGCGAAGAGAGCGCAACAUGGAUCAAUAUGAGACAUUUUCUGCUUUGGGAGAAACCACCAAUGUUUUGCACUUUGACACCGGCUGUUCGCUAG